UUGUUUAUGGUUACGGAUUUAGCAUAUAAUUCACUUGUGUAAUACACUAUAAUUAUGUAUACACAGAUUGACCCGUUAUGGUAUUAUUGCUUGAUCUACAAAUAAACCACGAGUAUUAACUUAUAAACUGCUUAUCAGUUUAUAAGUUUGACGUUGUUAAUUUGCGUGCUCUGUCACAUAUAAUGACAAUGGCAGCUGAUACUAGCGCCAAUGUUAAAAUAAAUUUGAUUGACGUUUGGCUGACGCAUAAACCGUGCAGGCCAAGAAAGAUUUUAAUAUUAGAAAACUUCAUGUGGGUUACGGAAACUUGUUCGGGAUUAACGACUUCGAUUGGAGGAAUGAAUGAUACAAAGAAGCUGAAAUAUUUUGUAUUGACUGGUGAUCCCGGAGUAGGAAAAACUACUAUAAUCAAAAGGAUAUGUGAAUGUUUACAAGGUAAAGGUGUCAAAACAUCAGGUAUUUAUACUGAGGAAGUUAGAACAAAUGGAAUUAGGGAAGGAUUUGACGUGAUUUCCCUUAAUGGAGUGAAGGGUAGACUAGCAAGGGACCAGAGAUUACUUAGCACACCAGCAAAAUAUAAAGUUGGGAAAUAUGGAGUUCUAAUUCAAGAGUUUGAAAAUAUUGCACUCCCAACUUUGCAAAAGGAUGAAGACUGUAAGUUAUGUCUUGUGAUAGAUGAGAUAGGAAAAAUGGAAUUCUACAGUAUCCCAUUUAAGAACAGAAUAAAAGAAAUCUUUACCAACAAUUCAAACAAUUUUGUUAUUGCUACAAUACCAAUAAGGAAUAGUGAUCCUCUUAUAGAAUUAAUAAGACACCAUAAUGAAGCUAAAGUUUGGGUGGUAACAAGAGGCAACAGAAAUAUAAUAUAUGAAGAUAUAGUCAAAGAAAUAUUUUGUAACAUUUUAUCAAAUUAAAUUGACAAAAAAAAAAUCAAGAACAUGAUACAAACUUAAAUAAAGUAGGAGAUACAAAUGGAAUCUACUUUUAUGUUUUUCAAGAUUGUUCAAAAUAAUGUAAAAACAAAAAUUUAUCACAAUAUGCUUUCUAUAAAAUAACAAUUCUUAUUCAUUAUCAUCAUCAGAAUAAUCAUCAAACUGUCCAGACACAGUUCUUAAAACUUUAGGCUGUGAUACCUUAUUAAUGGGUUCCUUGUGUAAAUCAAUGGGACAGAAGUGACCUUCAUCAAUUUUUUUUUGAAUAAACAUAACCCAAGGAGAUUGUGUAAAAGUUCUACUUUUAGCUGUCAAUUGUGGAACCCACCAAUCUUCUGCUUCCCAGUCUUCAGAAGAAGUUGAUGAAGGUCUGUUUUGAGAGGUUUCUGAAAUUAUUAAUUUGCCAGUUAAAACGUGGCUUAGUGUAGCAAUUUGAAAUAAUGCAAUAGAAUUGUACCUUAUUGUAUAUCUAGCCUCUAUUUAAAGUAAAAUUUUAUAAAGGAAAAAAAUCAGAAAGUAAUAAUUUAUAUAAAUAUUAAUAUAAAUUAUUAUACUCUCUGAUUUUUUCCUAUGUGUGUAUGUGAAUUACCAAGUACCAAAGGCACAACAGGUUUUGCCACUAAUUAAUUUUAUAAGAUGAAACAAAAUAAUAUUUAUCUGAUUGUUAUAGAGAUUUUUUUUGUUGUUGAGAAAAAGUUUUUAUUGAUACCAACCAUUGUUUUCAUACUCAUUAUAUUGAAAUUCGUCAUCGGUUAGGUUAGGAGUAUGAUUACAUUCAUCUUUUACUACUUCCUUCUUUCUGAAAAUGAUAAUAUGGAAAUCUUUUUUAGUUUUCAUUUUGUUACAAAGUUUUUCAUAUUAAAAAUAUUUCAUUACCUUCCACAAUAUCUUUGUUCUGAAUAAUUUAAUCUUAUCUUCUUUUGUUUUUCAAUGUAAAUGUCAUUCUCAGGUUCUUUGAAAUAAUUUUGGGCAAGAUCAAUUUCAUCAUAGUUAUCUAUUUCAGGUACAUCACAAAGAAAAUUAUCAUACAAAUCUAGGCAUUUUAGAUUUUUCAUGUUACUCCAAUUAUUUGGAAGCAUACAUAAUUCAUUAUUAUUAAGAGAUAGCACCUUUAAUUUCUGUAACUCAAGUAUUUCUUCAGGCAAAUAUAGUAGCUGAUUAAAUGAUAGCAAACAAACUUCUAAAUUUUUUAAAGUACAAAAUUCUUUAGGCAGAGUAUGUAUCUUAUUGUAUGACAAGUCAAUUUCUAUUAGAUUUUUAAAUACACCUAUUUUUGGUGUAACAGUAUUUAUAAAUGUAUUCUGUACAUUUAGCUUUUCUAAAUUAAUACAUUCUAUAAGGCUCUUAAAAGGAAUAUCGUAAAAAGCAUUGGCUUUAUAUGAAGUAUAGGAAUUGCCAAGUUGUAUAGACUUAGCAUUUACAAAUGUUGCUAUAAGCUCAUAAUCUUUAUUUAUUCUACAGUUGUGAAUAAUAACUUCCUUGACUAGAGUUCUAUAUCGUAAAAAUUCUAAUAAAAAUUCAUCCUUAAGGGCCUUUAAGUUUGUAUUAUUGCUAAUAUUGAAUUUUAUUAAAUUUUUAGGAGAUGCUGCCCAGACCCAGUAAGGAGGACUGUGUAUAUUAUUGUUGGAUAGGUCUAAAUCUUCUAUAAUAUUGCAAAAAUUUGGUACCUCGUCAAAUGACUCAAUAUUAUUGUAAGAUAAGUCCAGUUUUCUAAUGUUUGUAAGAUCCAUAAUGCUUUGGGGAACUCGCGUUAAGCUGUUGUGCGAAAGGUUUAUUUCACUUAAGUGUAUCGGUAAUGUUAAGUUAUCGUUAAGAUAAGUGAAAUGUUGAUUACUUAGAUCAAUAAACGUUAUGUUUUCAUUCAUAUUGAGUAUAUUAAAAGUAUUCCUUUUAA